AUAGUAACUACGAGAGUUCAUAAUGAAAGUGUCAGCAAGUUUAUGACUAGUAUAAUAACUACGAGAGUUCAUAAUGAAAGUGUCAGCAAGUUUAUGACAAGUAUAAUAACUACGAGAAGUAGUAUAAUAGCUACGAGAGUCCAUUAUGAAAGUGUCAGCAAGUUUAUGACUAGUAUAAUAACUACGAGAGUUCAUAAUGAAAGUGUCAGCAAGUUUAUGACUAGUAUAAUAACUACGAGAGUCCAUAAUGAAAGUGUCAGCAAGUUUAUGACUAGUAUAAUAACUACGAGAGUCCAUAAUGAAAGUGUCAGCAAGUUUAAGACUAGUACAAUAACUACCAGAGUCCAUAAUGAAAGUGUCAGCAAGUUUAAGACUAGUAUAAUAACUACGGGUGUUCAUAAUGAAAGUGUCAGCAAGUUUAAGAAUAGUAUCAUAUCUACCAGAGAAUAG